CCAUUUUUUCUGAUAGUGUAUAGUUGCCUUUUGAAAGUAUUUCAAGUUAUCGUGUUCCAAUGCGUUCCAAAAAUCACUUUAAAGCUUAAUUGACAUAUGAUGAAAUAUAGUGCAUGAUGAAAUAUCGUGCAUGACAGCGCAAAUGCGCUGCUUUUUAAAAGCUACGACUGAAACAAUAUUUCUACAAGGCAAACCCAUAAUAUUAUAAUAUAUCUAUCCCUGCAAUUCCCAUGUCAUGUGGCAAGCCAAAUUGUGUAUUAUCAGUAUAAAUAUGUGUAAUUUCAGAUCUCUAUGCCUAUAAAGUAAUUGUAGCGAUCUGAAAUUACAUUUUUACUAGUAAGAAGUAUGGAUAUCAAGUAUGGAUAUCUGGACCUGGAAUUCUUACUAUAGUCAAAACGUAAUUACAUACAGGCUAUCUACAAUAGGAGUUCUUACUAGUAAAAAAUGAAGGGAAUAGGUAUGGUGUAAAGUGGUUCGGACCACAUCCUCCCAAAAUGUUCGUGUACGUGAUCUUUCCCAUACUCGGCAACGGCGAACUAAACAGACGGUUUCUUGACGCUCUGUCGAGCAGAGAAGUAUUUUGUUUCGGCGACGUCAUCUUUAGACAAUAAACAUAGUUUCGACUAAUAGAGCUAAUAAAAUAAUUUUAAAAACAGCCAAGGCACAUUAAUUCCCUGUAUAUCCUUUGCAGUUGGUCUUGUCAGCCUUGUUAUUUAGAUAUGGAAAUAAGAGAAAUCGGAGGUCUUGAUUUUAUCGAUAAAUGUGCGGUUCUGGAUGGAAACGUGUCAGAAAGUUUUUUUUCCGAUAAGGUGAAACUUAUGCAACGGAUUUUAUUACGUCAUACGAAUAUAUGCUUUUUGGAACGUUUUAUGUAAUAUUUUUAAUUCGCGGUUGGUUGAUUCUCGCGGAAACGGAGGGCCGACUCUCUUGCUAUAAUAUCCACGUAAGCCUAAAUAAAGCACCGUAUAUAGUUUUGCUAAAUAGUUCAUUUGUACUGCAUUUGUGAAAUGAAAUAUAAGAAUGGAAAUAAAAGCUGAAUAAUUGAAUAAACUAAAAUUACUGACUUGUUCGACCCAGGGACAGGUAACGUUAACAGUCGUCAGUGGUGGAAAACGUAAGAUGCUCAAUUUUCAUUCUGAAGUAAAAUUACAGAUAUAACACCAAACAUUAUUCAAGUAAAAGUCAUCCAGUAAAACACUACUUAAAUAAACCUUUUAAAGUAAGCUACUUAAGUGAAAAUUGCUAUGCGAUUAAAUCUAGCUGUUGGUCACAAAAAGCAACCAAUUCACUCAAGACAGGUUGGAAUAUAUAAGUUAGAGCGCAGCACAAAAAGGAAAACUAAGGCGCAUAUUACAUUUUUAUUCAAUAGAAACUUGCCGAGCUUGUUGGUGCAGAUUAUAGUGAAAUUAUGUUUUAUUCUCUGGAAAACGAAACGUAGAUCCUAUGGUCCGGAUUUGUUAUAAUGAAUCAUAGACCUUUCGUUGCCGGUGUUACGGGAAAUAUAAUUUCCCCCUGUUCCCCAGUUCCGCGUGGCUGUUAUUGGCACCAAGGGUCCAGAAUUUGUCUAUGUCUGCUUUGGCGGUGGGAACCAUAUACGUUAGCCUUAAAUCUAUGAAUAUCAAUGAACAAAUGCAUGACUGAUGGCUGCAUAAAUCCACAUAAACAGAUUUGUAUUUGGUGUUUUGUCAUUUCUGUAUCUGUGUGUUAGCAAAGGAAACCAAGUAUUACGAUGUUUUAAUAGAACUGAAUAAUGUUGAAAGGUUUCAAAGACAUCGUUGUCAGCAACAGCCCUAUUUGAUGAAUUGUGUAAGUUGCCUAAAAUUAAGUUAUAAUUAGGAAAAAAUAGGCCCAUCUCAUCGAUCGUCACGCAUACCACAGGUAAAGUCUUAUAAGCAAUACUACAGUUUUCUGUAUUUUCCCAGCAAACAUCUAUUAUCAAAGCUUUAAAUCGUUCCAUUCGUCCUUAAAAUAGGCCUACACAAAUAUGCAUGGAAAAGGCAUGCGAUGCGUUUGUACAGACGUCUUGUUUAACUCAACACGUUCGUAGAAAGGCAUUAAAAAGACAGAAAUGCGUAUUUAAUUACGGGAACAACCAGCUACACCAGCUGAGCUCUUGAUUUCAGUAUCAAUAUGUCCUUUAAGGAGGGAGGCAUGUUGGUGAUGCAUUUUACUAGGCGCCCGACUUGUGGCGUUUCGACCCGCCCUUGGGCUGCCGCCUUUAUAUGGAUGAGGCGCACUGAGUCGCAGCGACCUGCUUGGCCGCGGUAUCAGAAGCAACAAGUGACACACAUCAGUCAUGGAAGAGCAGCGCUAUCCCGUCGGUAUCACAGUUACCGGAGCCAUGUACAAGGACGCAAAAAAUCUGUUCAUCAUAUCCGUGCUCUGGUCCGAUGAAUGUGACAUCACCAUCUACAGGUCCUUUAAGGAGUUCAAGAUACUACAUAAACGGCUGAAGAAAGUGUUCUCACAGGAUAAUCCGUUUCGCAGAUCAGCAAAAGUCCUCCCUAGAUUCCGAGUAAGGAGCUUAAACCAAAAAUUGACAAACAAGAGUCUCAAGUCAAUGUUUGGUCUGAGGUUUUUGCAAAACUACUGCGAUGAACUGCUCACGUGCGAGUCAAACGUCGGGCAGAAUGCAGAGUUUAUCGACUUCUUCUCUCCAAAGAAUCACGACCUGCAGGCAGACUUUGCACAGAACUGCGUCGUCAUCCUGCCAUUCGGAAGCCUUGAGAUAGACAGCGGUAAACAGAUCGGCGUGGGCAACAUAACGCAGCCUUUUGUGCCCGAGACAUACCGCUGCGUGGCUACGUAUGAGACCAAGGAUAUCAAAAACAGGCUCUUCAAGGUGGAGGUGGACGAGAUGGUUGAGGUGUUCAUCAAAGACAAAGGGGGAUGGUGGCUGGUGGAAACCAAUGACAAGCAUGUGGCCUGGUUCCCUGCCCCUUACCUGGAGAAGUGUGGGGAGGAAGAGGAGGAAGACAAGGAGGAGGUGGAGGAGGAGGACAGCUCAUCCAAUAAGACAGACAGGCUGUUCCGCGUAGUCAGGAACUACACGCCGGAACACGAUGAUGAGCUUGCAGUUAGUGUCGGCGCCUUGGUACAAGUCCUACAGAAGCCGAAAACCGGCUGGUGGCACGUCAGAUACCACGGGAGGACAGGCUAUGUGCCCUGCCUGCACCUGCAGCCGUGCUCAGACAUCCCCUUCCUGACGGUCCCUGGGGGCGGCAUGAAAGCGGCCCGCAGCCUGGAGCAGCUCCGCCUGCCCCAGGGCUCAUCUCCAGGGGCCAGCCCCCAGGUGUCCCAUUCACAGGGCAACUUGCUGGAGGUCAGGAGUGCCCCUCCCUCGCCCAGGCUCUGCGUCUGGGAAGCCAAGGACUUGUACAGUGUCUCCCUGGGCGGCAGCACCGAGGGGGUCUCCCUGGGCGGCAGCACCGAGGGGGUCUCCCUGGACGGCAGCACCGAGGGGGUCUCCCUGGACGGCAGCACCGAGGGGGUCUCCCUGCACAGUGGUGGUGAUGUCAGAAAGCUACCCCCUUCUGCAGGCUCCAUCCUCCCAGCCUGGGCACAGACCACACCACCAAGAGUUCCACCUCGGCCCUUUACCCACGAGGUCCUGACACGCUGCUGCACGGUGACGCGCCGGGCCAUUCUGGAUAGCACCACCACCACCACCUCCCCCGGGAGCUUAUAAGGGCGGAGGCUGUGGCGCAGGGCAGAGCCCACAGGCGUGUUGUUUGCUCACCUUGCGACGGUUGCAUGACUGAUCUGGAGUCUGCUUUGGGGAACACGAUCCCCAGUGUCUCCGUGACGACGGAUUCAUUUCAUUCAUUCGACAUAUCCGUCAUUUUUAUUAAUAUUUUCUUAACGAACAUAGAUGUAAUUGUAACUGAUCUUUCUUUUAUCAUCCACUGCUGACUGUAAACAUUAAUUUAUUGGAGAAUAUCCUUGUGACACGCCUACUUUCCAUGGACAUGAAUCACAGGGUCGAUCAUAGGGACCCAGCAGGGAGACAUAUACAGAUCCUGCUGCCUGUAGUCCCACUGAGGGGUCUGUUGCGCCCCUGCCACUGUCAGCAAGGUUCUGCGGGGCCAUUCCUGCCCACGCCAC